GGAAAUUAGGCAUUCAUGGGCAGACAUUCAUCUUGUUACAAACAAAGACUAAGGAAAGGCCUCUGGUCUCCUGAAGAAGAUGAAAAGCUCAUCAAUCACAUCACCAAGUUCGGCCAUGGCUGCUGGAGUUCCAUUCCUAAACUUGCAGGUCUGCAGAGAUGUGGCAAAAGUUGCAGGUUACGGUGGAUCAACUACCUCCGCCCAGAUUUGAAAAGGGGUACAUUCUCUCAACAAGAAGAGAACUUAAUCAUCGAAUUACAUGCAGUUCUUGGAAACAAAUGGUCACAAAUUGCAGCCCAAUUGCCUGGUAGAACUGACAACGAGAUUAAGAAUCUAUGGAAUUCUUCGAUUAAGAAGAAGUUAAGGCAAAAAGGGAUUGAUCACAAUACUCAUAAACCCAUUUCCGACUUUGAGAAUGAUGAAAACGACCACCGCAACACGGCUGAUAAACCCAAACCAUUGAUGGUACUGCCGGCGCCGGAGACGCAUGAAUUCUUUCUGACCCGAUAUGGGACGAGUGAUAGAACUGCCGCCACUGACACCAGACACCUCAAUUCCGACCAUUUUCCCGGAUUCAUCGAUUUCAAUUACGGCCAACCGCUACCUGAAUCAACGAUAUUUUUUGGUUCCAAUCUCAGUUCCGAUUCCAAUUCCGAUUCUCUACCAGCGGAGUUGAUUCCCGAAUACACCACCGCAAUUCCCAGUUCCGUCGGCUCUGGUUUCCAUCGGAACAACUGGGAAUUAAGCUCUCUCUUUGAAACAAAUAAUGGGGUUUCAUGGGGGUUAACAAAUUCAUAUUUUGGGAGAAAUCAAAAGGAACUCCAUAGCCAAAUUCCUUUCCCAACCCAACAACAAGAAAUGAAAUGGAAUCGCCAUCUCCAAUAUCCAUUUUUGUUGGGGAGUUGUACCAUUCAGAGUCGAGAGCUAUAUGAUGAGACUAAACCAGAAACCGAUUUGGGAAUGAAGCGUGAAUUAUUUCAAAAUCAUCAAAGUGAGGAUACAUACAACAAGCAAUUGCAUAGGAUGUCUGCAAGCUAUGAACAACUUACAUAGAAUUUCAACUACAGAAGAAGAUUGUUCUAAUUCAAAGCUCAAGCAAGUGUGAUUUUGUUUACUGAGUGUUCAUUUUUUCUGAUUUUUAUUUUUUUAUAUAAAUUAUAGUCGUGUAAAUAGGGCAUUUAUUCUUUAUGAUUGAUCUUUAAACACACCAUGGAAUUACAGCGAAGUUUCUA